UCACCCAUGCUGUGUGUGUGUGUUCACUGGAAGUGGCUUUGGAGAGAAGCAUCUGCUGAAUAAGUAAGUGUGAAUGUAAAUCAGCGUAAUUCACUUGAGUAAAUGUCAGGCUCUGCUCUGGAGCACAAAGAAAUGAAAAAGUUGAUAUUGGGCAGCGAUGCGCUGUGCCUGGUAGCGUUUACUGUUUUUGUGCGUAGGAUGACCUUUGACCUUGGAGUGUGUGCGCAGGCACAUACAUGAGCUGCGGGGGAGGGCAGCAGCUGACUGUGUGUUCAGGAGAGAAAGAGGAACAUACAGUAGGGAGGGAGGUGUGUGUGCGUGUGUGUCUGAGAGAGGGAGGGCAGAGGAAAAGCAGGAACGAGGGCGGGAGGGAGAGCGGCUAUCCUCAGGCUGCCGGCAGUGGGCGGGGCCUCUCCUUUAAAGCAUUCUCAACAAGGAAGUGGGAGCCAUUUUGGUCCCGACGACCCUCUGCUUCCCAGAGCGUGCCGCGGGCGCGAGGGCAGGAUGAGCGUGGCGUGGGCCGGCCCCCCUGACUCCACUGAGAGAGGAGGCAGGGCACGGGCAUGCUCCUGGCGCUAGUGGGUGCCGUGUUGCCGGUUCGAGUGGAACCCUCUCUGGUGGAGGCGCGCAGGCACAUGGAUUACAGGAUGCACUCGGACAGCCUGCUGCAUUUCCAGACCCUGGAUUCCCUGCUGGAGAGGAUCUCCCAUCACUCGGUGAUCGUCAAGAGAGACCCCCGCCAGGAGUGCCAUGGGAUUAGCGGCGCUGUCUCGGCCGAUUCCACAUCCUCGUCGAAACUGAGCGACUGGGCUCCAUUUGCCCCAGCUGCCCUUCCCAGCGCCAUGGGGGACGGCCUGGAGGCCACGCAGAUGCUGGGAGGGGGAGGGGGAGGGGGCGGCGGCGGCCACGGCCAACCGUCGGUCCAGCCCGCCGCCGUCUUCAACCCGCCGCUCCCCGAGGCUUCGGACCCGUCGCGGCCCAAGCGCCAGACCAACCAGCUGCAGUACCUGCUGAAGACCGUGCUGAAGGCGCUGUGGAAACACAACUUCGCCUGGCCCUUCCAGCAGCCCGUGGACGCGGUGAAGCUUAACUUGCCCGACUACUACAAGAUCAUCAAGUCUCCAAUGGACAUGGGAACCAUCAAGCGCCGCCUUGAGAACAGCUACUACCACAACGCCCAAGAAUGUAUCCAAGACUUCAACACCAUGUUUACUAACUGCUACAUCUACAAUAAGCCUGGGGAUGACAUUGUGUUGAUGGCGGAGGCACUGGAAAAGAUUUUCCUGCAGAAGAUCUCAGAGAUGCCUCAGGACGAGAUAGAAAUUCCUGUGAUGUCCAAGGGACGUGGCCGGGGACGCAGAGAUGGAGGUGUGAACUCGAAGCCGGGCUCCGUCCACGACUCUCCAUCGACCACCCCGCACGCACACGGGCUGUCAGCCGCCCCUCAGCAGUUGGUUCAAGGCCCCACCGCUCUGUCCCCAACUGCUGGCCUGUCGGGCCGCCUGCCUGGCACACCGCACAUGCCUCCGCAGUACCCGGUGGGUUCGCUGGACUGCCUCAUGCAGCAGCAGCAGGUGAUGACGGCCUUUCCUCCCACAGCCCACACGAGCCUGCCUGCGCCACCCCUUCUUCAGAGCCCCAUUCCGCUGGCUAAGAAGAAAAGCCAGAAGAGGAAGGCGGACACGACCACCCCGACAGCCAACGACCCGCUCAGUGAGUCCUCUCCUGCCGCCUCGGAGCCCAAGCCGCGCCGGGAGAGCAGUCGGCCCUCCAAGCUGCCGAAGAAGGAGGCACCAGACUCGCAGCACCAUGUGGGCCCCAAGCAGCAGGAGCAGCUCCGCUACUGCGCCGGCAUCGCCAGGGAGAUGCUGUCCAAGAAGCACGCGGCCUACGCCUGGCCUUUCUACAAGCCCGUGGACGUUGAGGCGCUGGGCCUGCACGACUACUAUGACAUCAUCAAGCACCCUAUGGACCUGGGCACCAUCAAGUCCAAGCUUGAGAGCAAGCAGUACCUGGAAGCGCAGGAGUUUGCUGCUGACAUGCGGUUAAUGUUCUCCAACUGCUACAAGUAUAACCCGCCAGACCACGAUGUGGUGGCCAUGGCUCGCAAGCUGCAGGACGUGUUCGAGAUGCGCUACGCCAAGAUGCCGGACGAGUCAGAUCCGACGGUGUCGGGGGUCCACACCCCCUCGCCAGCACUGCUCCCUACCUCCUUCAAGCCGCAGCCUCCGGCUGGGCCACGGUCGUCCUCGGACAGUUCCAGUGACUCGUCCUCCGAGUCUUCCCCCGAUGACUGUGAGGGGGAAAGGGCCAAGAGGCUGGCGCAGCUGCAGGAGCAGCUGAAGGCGGUGCACGAGCAGCUGGCCGCCCUGUCGCAGCCCCAGGCCAGCAAGCCCAAGCGGAAGGAGAAAGAGAAGAAAAAGGAGAAGCACAAAAAGAAAGUUAGCGGCUCUUCUGAGGAGCUCCUGGAACCCCUGUCACAGCCCUCCAGGAAGAGCAGGAGCAGCAAGGAGCCCUCGAACAAGAGGCCCAGGAAGCCCAGCAGUAAGGAGUGGCCAAAGACAGGCCAUUCGCUGGGCCCUCCUGUGGGACCCCCGCCCACACUGGCCCCCCCAGGGCCCCCGGACUCUGAGGAGGAGGAAGAGGAAGCAUCGGCCCCAGGGCGGGACCACUACAAGCCCAUGUCCUAUGAGGAGAAGCGUCAGCUGAGCCUGGACAUCAAUAAGCUGCCAGGGGACAAGCUGGGCCGAGUGGUGCACAUUAUCCAGUCGCGCGAACCGUCGCUCAAGAACUCGAACCCCGACGAGAUUGAGAUCGACUUUGAGAUGCUCAAGCCAUCGACGCUGCGCCAAUUAGAGAGAUACGUCUCGUCCUGCCUGCGCAAGAAAAAGCAGCAGCAGCAGCCUGUGGCUGAGAAGACGAUGGAAGGGAUGAAGAGGAAGACCGGCUCCUCCUCAGAUUCCGGCAGCAGCAGCAAGUCGAGUUCCUCUGACAGCGAGGACUCUGACAGAGGAGGCGCUCUCUCCAUCACGGUGGCAGUUCCUGCUCCUGCUCCUGCUCCUGCUCCUGCUCCUCCUCUUGCUCCUGCUCCUGCUCCUGCCUCUGCUCACACAGCAGGACUGGCCCCCAGACAGAAGAAGCGAAGCCACAGCAGAAAGGAGGGCAGGCGGCAGCAGCGUUCGGUGACAAUGGGGGGUAUCAGUCAAGCACUCGCCCCACCCCCGGCCCUGGCCCCGCCCCAGGCUCCCAUGGUGGAGCCCUCUAUGGCGGCCUACGUGCCCCCGCCACCCAUCUCAAUCCUGGACUCCUCAUUCGAUCCCCUGUCCCACUUCAGCCAGGGUCUGGAGCAGGCUCCGCCCAACGUCAACGCCCAGGCGCUCUCGGAGCCGCACCCCUUCCUGAGCCAGCCGGCGGCGGCACCCUCUCCAGCGCUGCACAGCGCCAUGCCCCAGCAGCCAUCCCGCCCCAGCAGCCACGCCACGCCCCUCCCGCACAAAGCCCCGCCCCCCACAGUGCAGGCCCCACAGCCGCCUCCGCCACCUCCGCAGCAGCACCAGCUGCCCCCGCAUGUCCUGAGCCCACCCCUGCAGUCGCUGUUGCAGGUGGCCCCACCGGCCCCCGUGGCCCACGAUGCCCUGGAGCUGCUCUCAGCACAGCCGCCCCAAGCGCUGCUGGAGGAUGACGAGGAGCCGGCGCCGCUGCAGCUCUACCUGCAGCAGCUGCAGCAAGGGCACCCCCUGGGCACGCAGACUACCCCGCUCCUGCAGUCCGUGCAGGUGCAGCAGCAGGCGCUUCUGCCGGCGCUCCCCCUAGCGCCGCCCCGGCACGUGCAGCAGUUGCAGCAGAUGGUGUACGCGGCGCCACUGCCGGCACAGGCCACACCCUCCGGCACGCAGCCACAGCACCAGGCUCUGGCACAACAGCCCCCGCAGCCACAGCAACCAAAGUCUGAGGUGUACAGCACAGGUGUCUUGAGGGAGAGCCCCCCCCCUGUGCUGAUGCAGUCCCCUCACAUGCCUCAGUACCCCUCCGUCAUCCAUCUCUCGCCGUCCCGCAUUCAGCAGCCCAAGAAAGGGGAGCUACGUGCCCCCUUGCCCUCGGUGCCAUUGAAGGAGGAGAUGGCAAUGUCCCUGCCCCCGGUGCUGCACAGUGAGCCAUUUAGCCCCCCGCUGCAGCAAGAGCCCAUCAAAGGCGUGGAGAGCAAGCCGUCUCUGUCUCAGCUGCGGUCAGAGUUGAAGCCCCAGGAUGGUUUGAGGCCCCCCACUUCUUCUCUGGAGGCGAGUGCGACGACACCGUGUCCUCAGGACAAGGAGCAGGAGAAGGUGAAGCAGGAGGCCAAGGCCCCCGUUGCCCCCAAAAAGGACAUGAAACUCAAGAACAUGGGAUCGUGGGCGAGCCUCGUCCAGAAGCCGACGGCGGCACCGUCAGGCGCGCCUAAGCCGUCCAGCGACAGUUUUGAGCAGUUCCGGCGCGCAGCACGCGAGAAGGAGGAGCGGGAGAAGGCCCUCAAGGCCCAGGUGGAGCAGGUGGAGAGGGAGCGUCUGCGCAGGGAGCAGGAGAAGCUCCGCGGUGCCCGGGACGAGGAUGACUCGCUGGAGCAGGCGCGCAGGGCGCACGAGGAGCCACGUCGUCACCAGGAGCCGCCGCCACUAUCGGCACACGUACAUGUAGCCCAGCAGGCUCCACCGCAGACCACGCAGACCGUGCAGACAACUUCUGGUGCGCAGGCGCCGCCGGGCGCUGCCCAGAGCCCGCUGGACCAACAGAGGGAGCUAGCGCGCCGCCGCGAGCAGGAGAGGCGCCGGAGAGAGGCGAUGGAGGCCACCAUCGACAUGAACUUCCAGAGCGACCUCAUGGCCAUCUUCGAGGAGAACCUGUUCUGACGGUGGUGGGGGGGCCCGAGGGCCAGACUUUGGUUGAGAGAGCGCCCCCGGGUGGCAGCACCACACACCUCCACACGAGGGCGGAGAGACGGCACACGGAGAUGUCUGGGGCGCCUCUGUGACGGACUCUCGGGGGGGGUCUUUUUCUGUUCUUUUUUUUUUCCUUUUUUGAGGGGCGUGGGUUUGAAAACUUGCCUUACUCCUGUACACACAGUAUAAAUACAUAUAAAUAUAUAUCUGUAUAUUAUAUACAAUAAAAGAAUGUUAUGUUGGGAGCACAAGUCACUGUGCCAUUUUUUAGUUGCUCUUUUCGUUUUGUAGCAUCCAGUGUAAAGACCUGUUUUUUAACAAUGUAACUCCUGUCCGUUUGACCCCCCCCCCAUGUACCCUCAUGAAUAGUCUAUACCAAGCCAUUUAUUUUAAGUGCUGGAAGUUCAUAUAUCACCUUUGCUUCAUGUAAAAGUACCUCCUUUUUCUCAUACUCUUGGGGCUGAACAGUAUGGGAAGUAAUUGUAUUUGCAAUUCCCUCCCACCCGCCCACCCCUCGCCUCCUUGCGGAGCAUGCCCAGUUUUAUUGGCCUCCUGCUAGAGUUGAGCUCUGGCUGGAGGAGAAGAAGCCUGAUUGCCAUGUGACAACAUGUUAACCCUGGGCUCAAAGGGGGAGGAGCUUUUUUAUUUUUAUUUUUAAAUUUAAUAAGAAAGCAGAUAUGUAAAUGUUGGCUCAGUAGCUCUGACCGUGAACUGCCUGUGUGUGUUUCAGUUCAGCUCAAGUAGAUGUUGAGCAGGCAGCAGGUGGGCAACCUGUCCAGAUGUUGCAUUGGCGAGGUCCUUUCCAUGGGGGAAGGUCGAUCUGUCACCACAAAGUCCACAUUCUAUUUAAUACUUUAUGCUUUUGGAUUUCGAGAAUCGAUAGAAAAAGAAACAAAGGAGAACCAUUCCUUCAUGCCUCUUGGAUGUGUUUGAGCAUCUGUUUCUAUGGUUACCGUUGGACGUUAUGUGCCAUAGUUUUCCCUUCGGCUGUCACAAAUACAGAUGUGUGUGGGUCAGCAAGAAUAUAUUCUGUUUGGCUUAUUAUUUUCUUAUUUUUAUUUUAUCUGCUUGGGGGAGUUGUGUUCAAUUUCCUGCAUUACCACUUGGCAUUUCACUCUAAGACUAUGGAGGAAAACAGUCCUGUCUGUG